AUGCAGUGUGACCGACUGGAGCCCGUCUGUUCGCAGUGCAAGCGAGCGGGAAAACCAUGCGGUGGUUAUCGGGAUCUGAGCUCUCUUAUGUUUCGCAGUGAAAAUGAGAGGGCGGCUCAACUCAGUGCCGAAGCGAAGGCCAAAUCAAGAGCCCGUCGCAGACUGGACGCUCUAGACUCGAUAUCCACUAAAGCCGAUGCAGUGGAAUCCCCAACGUCAUCCAGCAUUGUCGCCAUCUCCACUCCCCUAGAAGACCAGGGUCUGAGGUUCUUUAUUAAUCGCUUUGUGACGCCGAUGCCCAUCAGGGUGGGGGGCCAUCUUCAGGUACAUAAUGUGCAGGACUCUCCUUUUUUCCGGCAUAUUAAUUACGAUCCAAAUAUUCGGGAUGCGGUCGUCUCGGUGGGCCUGGCCGCCAUAGCCAACGUUAACCGUGACAGCUCGCUGCGGAUCCUUUCAAGGGAGAAGCAUGCACAAGUCAUCAAGGCCGUGCGAGAAGCAGUUAGCGACCCCACCCAGGCUAAUCCAGAUCGGACGUUCCCGUUGAUUGUCAUGUUAAGUCUAUAUGAGAUGGUGAGCUGCGCUCCCAACCAACUGGAUUCGUGGAUGGUUCAUCUAGACGGUGCCGCUGCGUUGCUCAAGCAAUCGGCAUUUCGCAAAUUCCUGACAGCUUCAGACCAGAGAGCCCAACUGGGAUUCUACUUUGUGUCGAUAGUCAAGUAUUUCUCUCGCAGAGAUGGCAACCCGGAUGCAUUGCAUUGGUCCCGGGAAUACAUGGCUGAUGCCCCGUCGGAGGUGUUACCCGCAGUCAAUCUCAUUGACAUACUGAUCAGAUUCAUGAGAUACGAUGCCUCUAUGCGACACACAAUCCCCAAUCCUAGGGCAAUCAUCAGUUCCGCACUGAUGUUCGAGGCCGAGCUUCGGGACUGGGAGUCCAGCUUACCGGCGAGCUGGGCUUUUGAGGCCCGAACCUCCGACGCUCAUUCCCGGACCUUUUACGGCCAGUACCACGUAUACAAGGACGCAUGGGUCUCCCGAAUCUACAACCACUAUCGCUGGACAAGACUACUUUUCAAUGAAAUGGUGGUAUCCACAAUAUCAACCCUGGCUCAGCCCACGCCGAAAGAUGCACUCCAGCGAACACAGUCAUUGGAAACGAUUUCGUCCAUGGCUGUUGGCAUAUGCACCGGGGCUGUAAGCCAUGAGGCUUUAUCUCAGAGGGGGCACACUGCUGAUAGCGCAUCGAACCUCCCACCCUUGAAUGGCAUUUUCAUGAUGCUUUUCCCGUUGGCAGUGGCGGGAGGGGCUGCGGGGACUCCAGAUCAUGUCCAUGCUUGGGUGGUCGGGACGCUUGAGCAGAUAGGAUGUACUAUGGGAAUUCAACGUGCGUUUGAGAUGAUUCCCCAGCUGAAACGAUCUCAUGCGAAAUGGAAAAAUGAAGAGAGCCUAUGGCAGGAAGCACAUACAUGUUUAUAG